CAGCCCUCACUGCACCGCGCCACGAUGCUCGCCGUGCGCGCCAUCCUGAUCCUGGCGCUGGUGGCCGCGGCCUCCGCCAUGCCUGCGGACACGGCCGCGGACUUGACCGUGGCCGCGGACGAGAGCGGCGUGUCUCAGUGGAAUGAGCCAGCCAUCGCCAUCGGCAUGUUCAGCGGCGGCCGGCGGCGCAGGUCGGGUGACGACGUCGCCGAGGGUUCCAGUGGGCCGGCCCCGCUGCGGGAGCGCCGCCAGGAGGACCUCUACGAAGACUUCUCGGCGGACGCUUACGACGACGCCGACGCCAAGAGGGUGAUGCGGCGCCAGGCACCCCGCCGUGGCAUCGAAUCGCCCUUCGGCCCGACCUCGGACAUCGAGGACCGCGUCAGGCGGGAGGCCCAGGACGAGAGCCAGGAAGACAACGGCCCCGUGGACAACGACCACUUCCCCACGGAGGACGAGGGCAAGCGCACCAGGCGGGCGUCGGAGGACACCUACUUCGACGAUAAUGAGGAUGGCGACGACGACGAUGUCGCCGUCGACUUGUCGGCGUUCGCCCCGAGGAAGAAGCGGCAAGUGGUCGGCCAGGACGUGGCCACCGACGACGACGAGGACGUGUAUCGCGACCUGGACGACCAGCCGCUGCCAGUGUGGGCACGGGGCGCCAGGGAUGGACGGCAGCGGCGGCAACUGGACCAGACCAUGACGUCCAUGGACGACGACCAGCCUGACUACAUCAGGGAGCCUCGGGACUCGGAAACGGCCACCGCAGCGUCCCCCACCGAGGGAUCCGACGCCGCGACAGAGGUGCCAGAGCGGGACCAGGCGGUGGAGUCCGUGACUGCCAGUGUGCCCCAGGAAGGCGAUGAGAAGUUGACGACGACCUCCUCGGCAGCACCAACGCCCGGCAGCAGUUCAGAGUCCACGACCUCCGUGCAGCCGCUGCGCGAGAGGCGCGCCCCGAAGCCUCAGCGAGGCCGCUUCGACGGCUUCGUGCUUUCCGACUUCAGCGGUUUCCGCGGUGGCCGCUCCGUCCGCGUGCGCCGCAGCGAGCCGUCAGAGGCCGCGGUGAUCAAGUCCCUGCUGGAGGCGCCCAUCGACGAGAGCAUCCUGGGGGAGCUGCCCGUGAGGCGGCCACGCCAACUCACCGAGAUGCUGCCGCAGCCCGCCGGCGGGGGCCCUGUCACCUUCCUGGUGCCGCUAGCCGCGCCACAGCCACCCUCCGCCCAGGGCGAGGACGCCGUCAACGCCAACGAUGCCGUCCCCGAGAAGGUGCUGCAGAUCUACACCGCGCAUGAGCCGAGCCCUGUGGCCGAGAUGAUCCCCACUACCACCACCACCACGCCUGCCCCUUCGCCCGCUGAGGCCCUGGUGCCAGUCCUCGUACCAGAGUCCGCCGUCAGCGGCAUCCUGGUCCCCAGCAACGCUGACGUCCACGUUGACGUCAUCGCACCGGACGCCGCGCCCGCCGCGGCCCAGCCUGUCGCGGUGCAGCCUGCUCUGCUGCAGCCCGCCGUAGUGGUCCAGCCCGCAGCAGUCCAGCAGCCUGACGCGGCGAUGCCUGCCCGAGACUCUCCUCAACAGGGACAGCCCCUUCUAGUCCUGCAGCCUGGUCCAGUGCUCGUCGACCCGGUGACCCAAGUCUCCCCCGCGGAGCCCCAGGCCCCACAAAGGCAGCAGAUGUCGGCUCCCUUUCAGAUCCCCCUGCAGGUUCCUCAGGACGUGUCUUCCAUGAAGCAAGAGGCGCCACAAGAAGUGCCUUUGGAAGUACCCCAGGACGCCGUGCCAGCCCCCCUGGUCGUCUCGCAAAAAGCGCACGCCGUGGCCGUCACCGAGGGACCGGACGCCGCCAACGCGGCCGCCACCGCUGCGCAGCCCGACUGGCCGAUGUCUAUGUCCGUGCCCCAGGAGGUCGCCCAGCCCAUGCCCCUGGAGUGGUUCCCCCAGGCCCCCAAGUACCCCGCCCCGUUCGAGGCCCAGGACCAGGCGCCACCGCGUCAACACUUCGACGUGGACGUCAGGCCCACCGGCGGCUCCAGGUGGACCGCCACGGUGCCUAUCCUGGAGAAGACCAUCCAGCUGCACCCGGACGGCAGCUAUGUGUACAGUUACGAGACAGCGGACGGCGUGCGGGUGGCCGAGGCCGGCGUCCUGAAGGAGGUCCCCGUCCGGACGGAGGAAGGCUCCGCGAAGUCUGCCGGCGCCGCCCCCGCCACCGUGCUCGCCAACUCGGUGCAGGGCGGCUACAGCUACACCGCCCCGGACGGCACCUACGUCAGCCUCAGGUACCUGGCCGACGAGAACGGCUUCCAGCCCGUGCUGGGGGAGUCGCUGCCGACGACCAGCUCGAACAAGGCCCGGGCGGCAGUCCGCUUCGACGAGAACAAGUAGCGACUGCGGAGCCAUGCGCCACGCCAAACCUAUAAGACUGAACGACGCGAGUCGUGGGAGGGAACUAUUUGUAAUCAUGUGUAACCAAGUCACCAAAAAAUAAAAUGCAGUUUUGCGCCGUCA